AUGAAGGCUGCGGCCAGAGCGCUCCGUCUUCCGACGCCAUGGCCGCGGGGGCGCCGCUGCGCGGCCAGCGCUGCGGUGCAUUUCAUCACCAACGAGUCGCAGGUAGAAGUAGCGGGGGUUGACUCGAUGGCCACUCGGCGCUGGCGCGCGGCCUCACAGGCGCGGAAGGCCUGUGCCGAACUGCUGCCAGGAAAUUGGGACGAUGGCACGGAGGAGGACGAGGCCUCCGCCGUGACGUCUCUGGGCCGCGCGGUGGCCUUCGACUGCGAGGGAAUUCGCCUGGGCCGCUUCGGACGGGUGUGCCUCAUGCAGAUCCGGGACCGCAGCAGGCUUCUCAUCUGCGACGCCUUGCGCCCGGGGGUGGUGGCGGCCUUCGCUCCGCUGCUCUCGAGCCGCCGCGUGGCCAAAGUGGUGCACGACUGCCGGGAGGACAGCGCGGCUUUGUUCCACCAGCACCAAAUCCGGCUGCGGGCCGUCUUCGACACCCAGGCGGCCUUCAGCGCCCUCGAGCGCCGCAAAGGCCGGACGGUGUACCAGGCGUCGGGAAGUGAGCUGCUGCAGAGGUUCUUGGGGCUGGAGGACACCGCCACUGCGGAGCUGAAAAAGCGGAUGUUCGGGGACCCCCAGGUUUGGGCGCGCCGGCCUUUGUCGAAGGAGCUGCUGCAUUAUGCCAUCCACUCAGUGGAGCAUCUGCUGGAGCUGCGGGAGAAAAUGUUGGAGCAUGGAUAUGAGAAGGACAUCGUCCAAGGCUCCAGGCGGGCCAUGGACUAUUGCCUGUUGAACCAGGACUUCCCCACGGCACAGAGCAUGGCCAAGAUCGGCACACGGCUGUGGGCCCUGGUGGCCACGCGCACCAACGAGAAGCUCCUCUUGAAGCUGAACGCCGGGCGUGUGGGCAUGGUGAGCACUCCCUCCGCGCUCAGCCGCUUCCAGGACGUGGAGCCGGGUGAUCUGGUGCUGUGCUGCGUCAGCGGUGUGAGCAUCGACGGGCGGCAUCUGUACUUGGACCGCUACGACUAUGACUGGGACUUCUUCGACCAUCAGCUGAGGCCUACGGGGACUCCGGAGGUCGGGGCCUAUGGCCGUGAGCUCCGGCACAGCACCUCGAUGUUUGCGCCGAAGAUCGAUCCUCUUGUUGUGCGAGGUCUGCCAGGGGUAGAGGCUGAUGCAGACCCCUGGGAUGCUAGCGGAGAGGACCUGGGGCACAACGAGGCGCUUUCGAUCCGUUUGAUUCGUGUCGUGUCAGGACUGAGACAGGUGGAUGACCUCGAGCGUGGCAAAGUUCCACGAGAGAUUUGCGAGUUUCAGCGCCGAAAGCGCCGCAAGCACGUGGAGGCCCUGAGCGACCCCAUCGCGGAAUGGAGUGGAGUGUCUGCUGCAGGAGGUUUGCACUUCCAAGCGCAGCUGGAUCAGGACGAGGAGGGUGGCUGGGGCGCUGUGAAGCCGCCCUCCUACGCGCGUUGGUCCUGCCGCGACACUCCCUGGCGCAAGCGGCACCGAGCUGAGAAGCUCCGGCCCGAGCUGAAGCCGCGGCGCAUCACGGAGACCCCAUCCACCCGCUGCCCGUCGAGGGCCCUUGCGAGCCCUUCGCCGGAGCUGUCCAAGGCGGCAUGGGAUUCCACAGCCCUGCAUUCGGAGUGCCUCUUAGCUCGGGCCCUCAAGCUGAUUUGGUGCUGGUCCGUGCCCAUCCAAGCCAUGAGCCUCUGGCGCCUGGCGCUGGCCGGGCUGGCGCUGGCGGUGAACGUCGCAUGGCUCGGGGAGCUCCCGAAAGCGCCCGUCGAGAAGCCGCCGCUUGGCCCCGAGUGGUUAAUGCUGUCGCGCGGUGCACCCGACGAUGCACUGCUUCGAGCGCUGGAGGCAGGCGACGAGGAGCGGGCGUUGGAAGUGCUGGACAGCGGCGACGUGUCCAGGCUCCUCCGCCUGCGCUCACGGCGUCGCGACUGCACCCCGCUGAUGUUGGCGUCGGGGGCCACGGGCCGCGUCUUCCGGCGAGUGGCCGCGCGACUCGCCGGCCUGGGCGAGGCGAAGGCCGCCCACGUGGGCGCGGCGGCUCGGAGCCGCGGCGGAGCGACGGCGGCGGAGUACGCGGCGGCGAGGGGCGCGAAUGAGCUGGCGAAGCGGCUCGAGAGCCUGGCGAGAGAGGAGGUGCGGGAGACCGCACGGCAGAGGUGUCGAUGUUGCGGGGCUCUGGUGAUGCGCAGGCCCAGGAUCGCCUCCCUGGCGGACCGGUACCGCCUUGGGCACCACACGAACCCGCUGGUCCGGCGCUUCUUCCAGAACCACACCGCGUGGCAGAUCCUGAUGCGUCCUGAGUUCCAUGUCUUUCACAAGGCGCGCGGCUUUCACAAAGAGCUCUCGGAGUCUUUGUGUGUCCUCGAUGAGAUCGAGCGAUGGAAGCCUGAGGUGUUGGCGGAGGGUCAGGAUUGGCAUGUGCUGGAUUUGUGCUGCGGCAAGUCGCUCACCUCGUUGCUGCUGGCCGCGCGUGCCCCGAAGCUCCAGAUCUCGGCGGUGGAUUGGGUCAAGCCUGACCAGCUGCCACAUUAUGCCGAGGUGGGCAUCUCCAGUGUGGAGUAUGUGCAACAAGACAUCCUGGCCAAGGACGGGCUUUCAGCUUUGGAGGCCCAGAUCCGGCGCAUCGGCCGGCCCACUCUGGUGACUGGUGUGCAUUUGUGCGGGAAUCUGAGCGCUCAGGCUGUUGAGCUCUUCAAGCAGCCCAGCGUCCGCGCUUGCAUUUUGGUGCCCUGCUGCCUGCCCCAUCUUCGGGAUGCCCCGCAGUGCCUGAAGCACCUGUAUCGGCAGUCGGUGGCAGAUGAAACCCAGUACCUGCAGUGGUCGAGAUACUUGGAGGGCUGCUUAUCAGCCUCUGGUGCUGUUCGCAGAAGCAGCGCAGUGCAUAUGAGAUCCAGCAAGCGAACAGUUCUGCUUGCCGUGAAGGAGUGA